UUGCCAUUUUCAGUUCCAUCUUUCAUCGUUUUUCAUUUGACUCAAAAGCCACAGAGAUAUUGCCCCUUUCCUCCGUCCAUCGGCUACACAGAUAUGGAGCUUCUUCUGUCCUCGGUGCCUGCUGGCAAAAUCAACUCCUAUUCCAUCUCAACAAUUAAGGGGGGAGGAGGAGUAGAAGGACGGAACUGUGUUGUGGUUGGGAGGCAAAAGCAACAACUGAAGUUGACGACGACGAUGAAGAGCUUGGCUCCGUCUCUCAUGGCUGCUGCUCUGCUAUCCUUAUCUCCAGCGAUCUUCAAUCCCCCGGCUUCAAUUGGACAAGUGAUGGAUGUCCAAAGAGGAGCCACAUUAUUCCGUCAGGCUUGCAUUGGAUGUCAUGAUGGAGGUGGAAACAUAAUACAGCCAGGAGCAACACUCUUUCUUAAAGAUCUGCAGAGAAAUGGAGUUGAUACAGAAGAAGAGAUUUAUCGAGUUACCUACUAUGGCAAAGGAAGAAUGCCAGGCUUUGGUGAAAACUGUACACCCAGGGGCCAGUGCACAUUCGGAGCCCGUCUACAGGAAAAUGAGAUAAAAGCUUUAGCUGAGUUUGUUAAGUCACAAGCUGGUCAAGGCUGGCCUAAUAUUGAAAGUUUUUCAGAUUAAUUUGGUGGAACAAAGUUUGAAAGAUUAUUUAUUCUUUAAUAA